GUGUAAAUUUUUAUGUGAGUGAUUUUUUCCAAAUAACGUAGACGCAGAGGCACACACGCGUUGCGGUUUCGCACAUAACCUGAAGUUCUACAUUCUACACUUGUCGUUCGGAGCAACUGGAGCUUAACAAAUUAUUUUAAAACAAAAUUUUAUUAAAUCAAAAUUUUCGUCAUGAAUAAAACGGAUGCAAACACUCGUCAGGGCUCCUAUAAGUCCAACACAAUCAACACGCAGGACUCGCGCAUGCGUCGCCAUGAGGUUACCAUUGAGUUGCGCAAGUCCAAAAAGGAGGAUCAGAUGUUCAAGCGUCGCAACAUCAACGACGAAGACCUCACCUCGCCCCUGAAAGAAUUAAAUGGUCAGUCGCCGGUGCAGCUGUCGGUGGAUGAGAUUGUGGCGGCCAUGAACAGCGAGGAUCAGGAGCGCCAGUUCAUGGGUAUGCAGUCGGCACGGAAGAUGCUGAGUCGCGAGCGCAAUCCACCCAUUGAUCUAAUGAUUGGCCAUGGCAUCGUUCCCAUUUGCAUACGAUUUCUUCAAAACACCAGCAAUACCAUGUUGCAGUUUGAGGCAGCCUGGGCUUUGACAAACAUUGCCUCGGGAACAUCUGACCAGACACGCUGUGUCAUCGAGCACAAUGCGGUGCCGCAUUUUGUUGCCCUGCUGCAGUCGAACUCUAUCAAUCUUGCUGAGCAGGCCGUAUGGGCUUUGGGUAACAUAGCCGGCGAUGGAGCCGCUGCUCGCGACAUUGUAAUCCAACAUAAUGUCAUCGAUGGUAUUUUGCCGCUGAUUAACAACGAAACGCCGCUUUCAUUUUUGCGGAACAUUGUUUGGCUGAUGUCUAAUCUGUGCCGCAACAAGAAUCCUUCGCCGCCCUUUGAACAAGUGACACGCUUGCUGCCAGUUCUGUCGCAGCUUUUGCUUAGUCAAGAUAUUCAGGUUUUGGCCGACGCCUGCUGGGCUUUGUCAUAUGUCACCGAUGAUGACAACCACAAGAUUCAGGCGGUAGUGGACUCGGAUGCAGUUCCUAGACUAGUGAAACUUUUGCAAAUGGAUGAGCCCAGCAUAAUUGUGCCAGCACUGCGCAGUGUGGGAAACAUUGUCACCGGCACAGAUGUACAGACCGAUGUUGUUAUUGCUGCGGGUGGCUUGCCCCGACUGGGUCUGCUGCUGCAGCACAACAAGAGCAACAUUGUCAAGGAGGCUGCUUGGACUGUAAGUAACAUAACAGCAGGUAAUCAGAAGCAAAUCCAAGCAGUUAUUGAAGCUGGCAUCUUCCAACAACUACGCAACGUGCUCGAGAAGGGCGAUUUUAAGGCACAAAAAGAGGCCGCAUGGGCAGUGACCAACACGACAACAUCGGGCACCCCAGAGCAGAUUGUGGAUCUGAUUGAGAAGUUCAAAAUAUUGAAGCCAUUCAUCGACUUGCUCGAUGCUAAAGAUCCACGCACCAUCAAAGUUGUGCAGACUGGCUUGUCCAACCUCUUUGCGCUGGCCGAGAAACUGGGCGGUACUGAGAACCUCUGUCUCAUGGUCGAAGAGAUGGGCGGAUUGGAUAAACUGGAAACAUUGCAGCAACACGAGAACGAAGAGGUGUACAAGAAGGCGUACGCAAUUAUCGAUACCUACUUCAGCAAUGGCGACGACGAGGCCGAGCAAGAGCUCGCCCCCCAGGAAGUGAAUGGAGCCCUCGAAUUUAAUGCAACUCAGCCUAAGGCUCCAGAGGGUGGUUACACAUUCUAGGCUACAUAUUACACAUCAUACAACUUCUUCUAACUUGCGACCGCGCUAGGCUACACUUACUACUACCAUAGUCAUCUUCUAACACAGCACGAAAAAUCCCCCAAAAAUCCCCAAAGUGAACAUACUCAAGCAUUUGGAGAGGCAUACACGACAGACACAGACAUGUUUUUUUCUCACCUUUAUCAAUCUCUCAAAACAGAAUGGCAUUAUUUAUCCACCACUCCCACGGAUUUAUUGAAUCUCUGGUAGUGCAUUAUACACCAAUUGCAUCUCG